AUGGACGAGCAGCUCCGUGGACUGAAAUGCUGCACAGAUGCGGAUUCAGGGCCCUCCGUGGUGUCGAAGCUGUGCCAGGAACCUGCAGAGACGGUGCUGGAAGUGUUGCCCCCGAGAGUUUGGACUUCAGAACACGUUCACCUGUUUUUUGAGCAGAAGUUGGGGACAGCUAAUGCAUCUUUUGACGUGAUGAUCAAGAUGGCCAUCGACGAGCUGGAGGAGUUGCAGGGUGUCGCGGACAAGAUUUGCAAGGGGAGCGCGAGCAAGGAAGCGCAACAAGUAGCUCUGGAAUGGAAGCAGAGGAGUCUGCAGAUGCUCGCCCAGAGGAGGACUCGCGACCUGAAAGUCCAGCCGAAGAAGAGCCUGCAAGCGAACCUGCCGAACAAUCUGCAGAUCCCGACAAGGAGCAAGUCACAGAGACGCCAGCACAACCUGCGGGCACCACGGCAGCGGACAACGAUGAAGCUGUUGAGGAGCCAGGUGCUGCUGAAGAUAGAUGACCCGGAGGCUUGUAACGCCAGACGAUGGCGCUGCAAUGAGGCAUACUCCACCGAUGAAGCCCUGCAGAUACCGCACGAAUGA